GGCGUGACGACACAAACCUUCACGUCCACGACCGACCUUCUUUCGUGAAAGACACUACUCCAUUGUGUAGUAGUUUUUUAUUUGCUGACGCAUUCCGUCUGUUUUCUUUUUUAUUUUUAUUUCUCUAGCAUGCCGAAGGAGACUACCUCGCGGUGGAGCGAUGUCCGCUACACCAAUCUCAACAUCCCCAGCUACGUCCCUUCCGAGGCCCUUGUCGCAGAAGACGGUCAGUUCAUUCGCGCCUUUCUGCUGCGCGUCUUGGCAACGGAUAUGCAGCGCAUGCUGGCCACGCACACCUGCGACGCGUACUUCUGCAACAUCCCCUUGGAGCCCGAGUAUGAUGCGAACGGCAAUCGCACCAACACACCCGAGGACGUCGUGAUGGAGAAGCGGCUGCGCGUGAUGGACGACAUUAGCAAGCUGCUCCGCACCUACGUGGAGCGGGCCGAGUACGCGGCGAACAAAUCCAAAGACAUCAACCACCGCAUCUACUUCACGCACGAGCAGAUCGAAACCGGCGACUACGGCGCCCUCAUUGGUCCGCGCGGACAGGUGCACCAAGACCUGGAGAAGGAAACCAAGUGCCACAUCGUGCUGGUCGGCCGCGGCAUCACGAACCCGCUGAAGGACACGAACCCGAACGCGGCCGCCAUGGCGCUCGAGGACCCGCACGUCCGCAUCACGGCGAAAACGGAGGAGGACCUGCAGAAGGCAGCGGAGAAGAUCGAGUGGAUUUUGUCCGACGAGCCAGACGCGGUCGAAUUCCGCGAAAACAACCGACGACACAUGGCGCAGGUGGACGGCCGCUACGACCCCCGCACGUGGAUGACGGUGGCGGAGAAGAAGAAGGCGGCAGCACAAAAGGCAGCUGCUGCAGCGGGUGCGGGCGAAGGCGGCGCCGAGGUGGGCAAGAAAAGACCACGGGAGGAAGGCGGCGCCGAGGCGGCCGAAGCUGAGGAGGAUGCGGAGCUCAACGAAUUCCUCGAGGACUUGUAG